UUCUUCGAGGACCGCGCCAUCAAAAUCCCGCCCUUGUCUUCUGUAUUGGCGCCCAUAUGAAAAAACGUAUAUGUGAGUGUCAAAUCUGUCAAUGUGUAUGAGAUGUAUCCGUAUCACCUUCCAACAGAAGGACUCAAUGAAGAAAUGAACACGUGAGGGUGGUGAGGUGUCGAGACAGGGAUACAUUAUAGUGUCCGUUAACUUUCCUACAAACAUGCCACGAAUCAUACCAGGUUUUUCAGAGGUUAUUAAAAUCUUUUUCUUUUUUGACAUUUUUGCCCCUACACUAUUUCUAUAAAUAUCUUUUUGCAUUUCACCCGUUUCCUGCUGACUUUUGCUUGCUAUUAUAGGGACAUUUCUUUGCAUCAUAAUAUUAUUACUUGUGAGAAAAUUUAAUUUUUAUUUCUCAAUUUUUAAAGAAAGUUUUAGAAGAGGGAGGUUUCAGAUUUUCAACCAUUUCAAUUCUUAUCAACUUAAUAUGGAGUCUCAACUUUCUGAAAGGACAUAUAUGAAUGCUAGAAGACGGCGCAACGGCUACAACUCUGUAGCAGAGAUUAUACAAAAAUGGAAAAUCCAAAAUCAACAACUUGGUUCAACCAUAGAAGAACUGAAGAAGAGCACUCGAAAGGGUCCAGCAAGAGGAUCAAGAAAAGGGUGUAUGCCAGGGAAAGGCGGUCCUGAAAAUUUGGGGUGCACAUUCAGAGGAGUUAGACAGAGGACUUGGGGUAAAUGGGUAGCUGAAAUUCGCGAACCUAUCAACAGUAUGACCACAGGAUAUGGGAACAACAAACAAAGUAAGCGAAGCAGAAGGUUGUGGCUUGGUACUUUCUCUACUGCCAUGGAGGCGGCCUUGGCUUACGAUGAAGCAGCCAAGGCUAUGUAUGGCCCUUCAGCGAUCCUCAACUUUCCUCUUCAGAAUAAAGAACAUGAAGAUCGAGUUUUGUACAGUUCAGACAUGCAACCAACAGCUUCCGAGUCUACUGAAGGGUCAGAGCAUUACAAGGGAUUCAAUGAAGAGCUGAAGUCGCCUUGUGUGUCCCAAGCGACAGAUGGUGGUGGAACUAAAGAAGAAUCUGCGAUGGGAUCGACACAUUCGAGUAAUGGGAGCUACUUGAAUUUAGGGUUUGAUUACACCCAUGAUUGGGUGAUGGAGCCACUAGAUGUGUUUGGGGGUAAUUUUGGGCUGAAGCAAGAGGAUGAUUAUGAGUUUGGUCAGCAGGGAUUAUUUUACAGUGACUUCCUGUUUCAACACAGCAAGUCAUCAGAUGUAAUGCCGAAUUACAAGAUACAGCAGCCUUUGAGUGGACCUUUAGGAAUUGAUUUCAUCAAUUCUUCAGAUUUUUUAAGGCCUAAUACCAAUCUUGACAGUCUACACUAGAAGGCGACACAAGCACAAUUGAGCUCAUACCGUGAGGAGCAGCAUUCAAUUGUGGUUUUUAAUAUGCUUAAGAGUUUCUUAGGUUGCUUCCCGUGAUAGAGUCAGAGGAGUUAACCAAAGUUUCACAUUUUAGGAACAAUAGAUUAAACUUGGUAAUAAAGUUUGGACGUUUGGUAAUGCCCCGGAUAGAAAUGUGUGGGUUUUACCUUCUCUGGCACACUUGGAGAGGUUUUUUACCACAUACUUUGUCCUAUUACAUGAAGGGGUUAUACCA